AUGUACAGCCUACGCUCUUUGAUGUUCGCCGCAGUGUUGGCCCACGGGGUCAUCGCGGGCUCUCGCAUGUGGGAAGCGCCUCUUCACUAUCCCUCUGUCGACGCUCCUGUUGAAAUCACCCUGAAUCUCGAAGGCGUCAACGUCACCCAAGUCGGAACUCAUUCGAUCAACAGCACAGAGAAGCGAUGGGUCACCAUCAAAGACGGCGGCGGACGCUUGGCGAGAAGUUUCAAAUGGCCAAACAAGAAGAUCCGCUUCCACUACGAGACAGAAGAAGCUAAGGAGAAAUUGGAAGUCUAUCUUGAUGCCGCCAAAGCCCUUUGGUCAGCGGCCGGUCUCCCUGAUGAGUUCACCUACGAAGAAGUGACCAGCGAGACGGACUACGAGGCGAAAAAGGGACAGAUUCUGCAGAUCAAGUACAAUGACCGCAAUUAUCUCGGCACCACCCUUGGCCUUCCAACCCAAGACGACGGUGGCACAAGACCAAUGAUGGAUCUCUGUGAUUCAGACAAGAUUGGUACCCUCAAUAUCGUGGCUAACUUUGCUCACGAGUUGGGUCACGCUUGGGGAUUGCAUCAUGAACAUCAGAACCCCCAAUUUUGGGCCAUCCCCCACACGGAGACUAAAGGCGAUCGGGUCCAAUUCGGCCCAGGGUACGGCGAGUUUCGCUGUGAGAGCCUGUCCGACUACCAGGCGACCAAGACCAAACUUGUCGAACGAUAUGGGGAGGGCGAAGGCAACGCGAGAUUGAGGCAGUCCUGUCUAAAGCGUAAACAUGCUAUAAGGGACGAGUUCAGAGGCGCGAUUGAGUGGUUGCCCCUCGAUCCGUCGGAAGAUUUCGUCGGUAGCGUCAAGGAAUUUGACGAACGCUCCAUCAUGCUCUAUCCAUCUCGAGCAGGCGGUUCAGGGACGGCCAACGGGCAGGGCGCUGAUGACGGACGCGCCGUGGUCCUCACGCGCGCCGACGGUAAGGAGUUGGACUACAACACGGCGCCUUCUGAGCAAGAUGUUCAGGGCAUCAGGAAGCUUUAUGGUGUGCCAAGGAAGACCUACAAGUCGCUCUUAAGUGAGUUGAAGGAUCCCAGCAACAGCAGAUUCACGGACGAACGCCUGAAGGAUGAAGGCUCUAGCUGUAACACCUAA